UUUCUCGUUUUCAGCUCGUGUCCGUCGGCGAAGAAUUACGCACGGGUUUUCGGAAAAGUGCCGGUCACUUUGUAAAAAAUGUUAGGAUCAAUAAAAGUACUUCUGUUAAUAGGCGUAAUUUAUUUAUGUAGGGCUGCCGAGGAAGAUGUGCUCGAACUUUCAGAUUCCGACUUUGCUUCUACUUUAGCCCAACAUGAUACCGCUCUAGUCAUGUUUUACGCACCGUGGUGCGGUCACUGCAAGAGACUAAAACCUGAGUACGCGCUAGCGGCCGGCAUCCUAAGGGACGAUGACCCCCCGGUUGCUCUGGCGAAGGUGGACUGCACAGAGGCUGGCAAGAGCACGUGCGAAAAGUUUUCAGUUUCUGGUUACCCGACUUUGAAGAUCUUCAGGAAAGGAGAGCUCUCCACUGAUUACAAUGGACCCAGAGAAUCCAAUGGCAUUGUCAAGUACAUGCGUGCACAAGUCGGCCCCAGCUCCAAGGAAUUAAAGACCGUCAAGGACUACGAAGCCUAUGUGAACAAGAAAGAAGAUGUAGUCGUCAUUGGGUACUUUGAGAAAGAGACUGACUUAAAGGGAGAAUUCCUCAAGACUGCAGACAAGAUGAGAGAAGAAGUAACCUUUGCGCACUCUUCAGACAAACGGGUGCUGGAGAAAGCUGGGUAUAAGGACAACGUAGUGCUGUACCGUCCCAAACGCUUGCAAAACACUUUCGAGGACUCCUUCGUCGUUUACAAUGGCGUCGGAUCUAUAAAGGCGUUUAUCAAAGAGAACUACCAUGGCUUGGUGGGUGUGCGGCAGAAGGAGAACGUACAGGACUUCACCAACCCUCUUGUGAUCGCUUACUACGACGUCGAUUACGUUAAGAAUCCCAAGGGUACCAACUACUGGAGAAACCGUGUACUUAAGGUUGCCAAGGCGUUGCCAGACGUGAACUUCGCGAUCAGCGACAAGGACGACUUCACCCACGAGCUGAAUGACUACGGCAUCGACUUCGCAAAGGGCGAGAAACCCGUGGUUGCUGGCAAGGAUGCCGAUGGCAACAAAUUCGUCAUGGACAAGGAGUUCAGCGUUGAUAACCUUUUGCAAUUCUCAAAAGACCUCAUGGAUGGCAAACUAGAGCCUUUCAUUAAAUCUGAGCCUGUGCCGGAGACGAAUGACGGACCAGUGAAGGUAGCAGUUGGAAAGAACUUCAAGGAACUUGUGACUGACAGCGGCCGUGAUGCCCUCAUCGAGUUCUAUGCGCCUUGGUGCGGACAUUGCCAGAAACUUGCCCCUAUUUGGGAAGAACUUGGCACAAAGCUGGCAAAUGAGGACAUAGACAUCAUCAAGAUUGACGCUACCGCCAACGACUGGCCCAAGUCCCUCUUCGACGUCUCCGGUUUCCCCACCAUCUUCUGGAAGCCUAAGGACGCCAGCCAGAAACCUACUAGAUAUAAUGGUGGCCGGGAGCUCGAUAACUUUAUCACUUAUGUCGCCCAGAACGCCGCUACAGAACUCAAGGGCUUCGACAGAAACGGCAAGCCCAAAAAGGAGGAGUUGUAAGCGUUGUGAAGAAUGAUCUAUGAGAUUGUGUGAUUGUGUGGAGGUACAAUCGUUCUAGAAACUUGUGGAACUCUCUAGAAUGUUCUUUGAGAAAUUUUUAGGUAACAAUGUCUGGUGGUGGUAUCAAGAUCUUUCGUUAUAUAGAAAAGGUUUGUAAUUUACAAAACCUGUAUCUCUGAAAUAAUAUGUAUCUUAAGUAGUUGUAAUAAAGUUCCACUGCCAAAACAUAUCCAUUGUUACCCAACAUUUAAAGUUUCAGAGAUUACUUUAUAAGUGAUUGGCUUAGGAAUAUCUACAAAACUAAGCAAAAAUGUCAGAUUUAGAUAUCCACAAGCUUUAUGUUUAGUUAAAAAUGUAAUGUCCUACGAGCCAUAUCUUUGCUUCCAUAUUUUCAGAUUGUUUUUUCUGUUCUACAUUCCACGAUGGCUGUAAAAUUGCAUUUUUACUACAAUUAUUCUCUGUUCUAUUGUACCCUCCUUGUAUUUCUCUAUCUGUACUUUAUAUGACUCAUGGAAACUGCGUAUGGAAUAAAAUAUGUGACAGCUUUUUGUUAUACAUGCUGGGUUUCCAUGGUUCAGGUGUUUAUUUUUUAGAAUAUAUCUAAAUACAGUAAUUGAAUGCGUUUCUAUAUAACUGUCAGUCGGGUGAAU